AUGGCAGACCCAAACUGGCUCAGCGACCCAAGCUUUAUGGAUAACUCGGGAGAUGACUUUUUGAAUUCUAUUUUUGACCAAAACCAGGGUCAGGCAACCAGCCAGGGUCAGCAGCUCCAGCAGCAAGCUCCAGAAGCAUCCCAGCAGCAACAACUGCAACCACCGCCACCACAACCACAACCACAACCGCAGUCACAGCAACAACCGCGACCACAACCACAUCAAACUCAACAAUUUCAACAACAACCCCAGGCACAUUUUUUUCAGCAGCAAACACAACUGCCACUGACUAUGCAAUUCCCAGGGCCAGGACUGCAAUCAAACACACCACAGAUGCGCUCAGGUAAUAUGACACAGCAAGUACCUGCACAGAACUUUCCUACCCAGCAACAAAUUCCGCAGCAAUUUCUGGGAUCUCAGGACUUGAAUUCGAUGUAUCAGAGACAAGCAUCUCAACAAAUGAACCAGAAUAAACAGGAGAUGCUUUUGAAAAUGAAGCAACAAAUACAUAGACAGAAAAUGCAAGCACAAGCACAGGCGCAAGCACAAGCACAGUCACAAGGUCCAGCACAAAUUCAGACCCUGCCUCAAAAUCCAACACCAACUCAAUAUCUGCUUCAGACUGAUUUGUCACGUCAUGUAUCUCCUCAUGGCUCUCAAGUACCGACACCGGGACCUAUGCAAGGCACACCAGCCAUGGGGAACAUGAGUAAUAAUGCUAACUUUCAGGCAUUCCCGCACCAAUCGCAACAACAAACGCCUCGUAUGCCACAGCAAAAUGUGCCACAACAGCUGCAGCAAUUUCCAAUGGCACAAAAUCAAGCAUUCCAACAGCAAGCAACUCCGUUGCAGCAACAGCCACAGCAGCAGCAGCAGAGGAUGCAACAGAAGGCUUCAAUAAGCACACAGAUAAGUUCUGAAACUUUCCAUGCACUUUUGUCUGACUUCAUGAAUCGUCGCGGAACUCCAAUUCCACAACCAAUCUUCAUCAACAACAAGCGCGUAAGUCUCUUUAUGUUUUUCUUGUUGUGUUCAAAGUUGGGUGGCCAUCAACAAUUGAAGAGGUUUGUAAAUAUUGAUUUUCAGCAACAGCAGCGUAAUCCAUGGGCAUUGAUUGGAAUGAAGAUGGGUCUUUACGCGGGAGCAAAUUUGCAGGAACCCGGUGUAAAGGAAAGCUUGGACAGAGAAGUGUGUGCUUGCUAUACCACGUACAUAUUACCAUAUGAGGAAUAUUACGCUACUCCGGCUGGACAAAGAGAUCUUCUGCAACGAAAGACCCAAUUUCAAAGUCAAAUCAUUCAAAAGUAUCAACAACAAUUACAGCAGCAACAGCAACAGUUUAGUCAGCAACUGCCUCAAACUCAACCUCAGUUCACUCCAUCAUUUUCACCAAAUGUGGUUGGUGGCCCUACCCCAGUGAUGGGAGUAGGCACCCAACAAAGUCCAAAAGCCAGUAACGCGCCUACGCCGCAACAACGUAAGAUGUCAAGAACUAGUAACUUGUCGAACAAUAAUUCUCCACAGGUAAACUCGCCGUAUGUCCAGAAUCAACAGUUCAAGCAACAGCAGCCACCACAGGGUCAACAAACUACACCUCAAUUUGGUUCACAACACAACACUCCUCAAGUACAUUCAAAGCCAACCCCUCAGUUUCCACAGCAACCAUUACCUCAACAACAACAGCCUUCGCAACAGCAAUUUCCUAAACAAUUUUCACCUGCGCAACAGAGCCAAGGCUCUCAAUUGGCAGGGGCUCAAUUUCCGGGGCAACAGCAACAACAGCAGCAGCAAAUACAAUCACAACAGCAACGUCAAAAGCAGCAACAACAGAGACAGUAUCAGCUUCAGCAACAGCAACAGCUCCUGCAACAGCAACAGCAACAGCAACAGCAGCCACCGUCUACUCCAUUUCCAGCAGGGCAGCAAUCUUUCGGCCAACAGUCGAGACAUCCUCUGUUUCAACAGCAACAACAGCCGCCACAAUCUGCUACCAGACAGCCUUCACAACCUUCCACUGCCACUGCCACUUCCACUGCCACUGCCGCUGCCGCUGCCGCUGCGAAUAUCAAGAAAGAGAUUAGCAAAGAGGAAGCAAACGUUUUACGAAACUACGUGCCUUUCAAGAGAAUCAUUGAUACUCAUGGAAAUCAUCACAUGAAAGAACUUUCAAUGCUUUCCGGUGAAAUUGAAGCGACAAAGCCAAUAUAUUUAUUUGCGCCAGAAUUGGGCACAAUAAACUUGCAAGCAUUGUGCAUGGCAAUCAAAAGCGAUCAAGGUAUUCAAAGCUCAGAAGUGGUGAAUGCGUUGAACACCUUGUUGGUGACCACCUCUGAUGCCAAUUACACAUUUGCAAUAAAUGAUUGUAUUGAAUUGUUGGAUUCAUUGUGUAAAUUGGGUAAAGAGGUUUUGCACAAGGUAGUCCAUGGCCUGUCUUCAAAGAGGGAUGUUGUUGAAGAGGAUGUAACGAAAUUGAAUACCCAUAGUACCAUUGAUGACGUGUUCAACAAAUACGUUGGUGGUGGGGCCAAGGGUGAAGAUAUUCUGUACGUUGUCAAUUCUUUGACUGGUGAGUUGAUGUGUGAAGAAGAUGAGGAUGAAGAUCAAAUUAAUACAUUGUUUGAUUUUGUUGAAGGCGAUAACGCAGGGUCACCUCAAUCCACUCAGUCAUCACCGCCACCACCAUCCUCGUCGUCCUCGUCGUCCUCCUCAGUAUCAGAUGAGCCCAAGGAGUUUCACAUUGAUGAUUACUCAACUGCGUUGCAGAAUUUCAAAUUUGAGAAUAGGAACCAUUUUAGUAAAUUGCAAACCAAGAGUGCUACUAAUGAUCAAGUCUUUCUCAUUGAUGAAUUGAUUACAAUCACUAUGAUCUUGAGAAAUAUCUCAUUUUCUGAAUUCAAUAAGGAAGUGUUGGCCAAUAAUGGUUUGUUUCGGGGAUUGCUAUUCUCAAUAGUCAAGAACAUUGCCAUGCACCGAGACAAGUUUAUGUUUAGUAGGAAGAGGUUGUGCUUACUCAAGGACUGUCUUUUGAUGUUGGAUAACAUCUCCUACUUUGUGCAAUUGCAAUCGUUAGAAGAAGCCUUCCUUGCUUACGUGUUGAUUACCAGUUUUGGACCUAAAAUUAAGCAGGUGUGGACGAUUCCAAGAUGCAAUUUAGACACUCAUUCGUAUUUCUCAUUUGCAAUUGAUGCGUUCACAAAAUUGUUGGUGAGAGAACCUUACAACAGGUCUUUAUUGCAUGCGAUCAUGACGGGAAGUUUGAAUUUGGGAAUGACUACGAGCUAUGUCAAUAGUUUUGUUGUGUCGCAACAAGACCACGAACAUACUAAGAAGUUGAUCAACUUGUAUUUAGGUGAAGGUGCCAAGGACCUCAAGCAUGGUGUCUUGUUAACCAGGGCAUUCCAGCUGUUGAUGAGUAUCAUCCCAUUUGAUGCCAAUAGUUUUGAGUUUUCAAAGUUUAUCUUUCUCAGAGCGCCCACGAUUUCCCAAAUGCUUUUUGGCGUUAAAUUGAUAAUUGACAUGGCACCAAUCAAUGAUUUGCAAACUCUUUCAGACAAGGUCACAUUAUACUGGAUUUUGUACAAUCGAGAGUUGAUAUUGGGGAACUUUGUUAGAAUUGUGGUUGCAUUGGCUUCUGAAACUGGGAAAUUCCCGAAAGAAUCACCCGAGCAUUCGAUUUUGUCCUCCUGCUUGACAAAAGCAUUGAUUACAGUUAAUUCUCUUGUUGAAAAUGCAGUUGUUGCUAGAAACAUUGAGUAUUCCGGAGAAACUGGUUAUCGAAAUGCUGAUUUGAUGAAUGAAUUGACUGAUUGUUAUGCAUUUCCAAGAAUUAUCCCUGAUAUCAAUUUAACUUUGGAUACGUUUUUGGCUCCUACAAUUGACAAUGGGUUGGGAAAAGAGAUUGUUCGAUUAUUGCGGUAUUUGAAGGAUUUGAAAGCUUGUGAAGGAAUAUGA